AUGAUUACAACAAACAACAGCAGUAGUAGUAACAGUUCAAGCAACGUUCAACUCACGAAAGAGGAACGUUCUCUCUUUCGAUGUUAUGUCUUUGACUUUGAUCGAUGCUUAGCCUUCACUAACUUUCCAGAGUUUGCCAACACGAAUAAUAACAUCUCAACUCCUCCUACACCUAUCAGUUCCAAGACAUCGUCAUUAUCCAACAACAGUAACAGUGAUAAUAUGCCUUCUCCCAAUUCAGCCUCUCAAACACUCCUCUCAUUGUUCAAAUCGUUUUUAGAGAGAGACUGCAAUGGACGAUUCGUACCAUUGUUGUCUUUGUAUUUGCAAAUGAAACAGAAUCCUGCAUACUAUGAACAGGCUUUGUAUGCCGAGAAGAAGAAGGAAAUUGAGAGCUUUUUACGGAGAGAAGCUUUUCCUAGAUUUGUCAGAAGUGAUGACUUUAAGAGCCAUGUUGCAAAGAGAAUGAGAAGUUUGAAAUCGAUACCAUCAUCAUCAUCGAAAGGAAGUGGUGAUAACAGUAAUUUGGCAAUCAACAGUGGAACUGUGACCAUGAUCAACCAUUCCACUCAAAUCAAAAGACAAGCAAGCAAUUCUAGUACGCAAGGAAAAUUGAACUCAUCGUCCAAUACAACCCUCUCAGUUCAGUCAGCAAGUACUCUGGACGAUGCAUCAACUCUUGUCGGCAGUAACCAAAGCAAUCACAGUCAUCAAUUGUAUCACGCGUUGCAACAACAACCAUCGACUCCAACUUCAAGCCUUGUUUCAUCAGUGAAUUUGGAAGCUCCCUAUUCUCCUAACCUUGCUUCUAGUUCGCCCAAUAUGACCUCGAAUCAUGAAAGUGACGCUUUUGAAAUGAAAGCAUCCAAAAAGGAUGAUGCUGCUGAUGAGGAUGAUGAUGAGGAAAAUCAUGAAGACGAGGAAGAAGAAGAUGAUGCUGACACUGAAAGUACAACGACCACAACGACCACUUCAUCUACCAGUGGCUCCUAUCAGCACUAUCAAUUCAGUGUGGAUUCAACUUCUCAAACGUUGAGCUUACCUCAAUCAAAAAGUUCCAAAAGCCGUCACUCCGUUUCGAGACAUCACGCCUUGUUGAGCAAUAAGGCAGUCAUGGAAUAUUUGCAUGCCAUUGCUUCACCUAUGGACAUUUCCACUGAACCUCUUUUCAAAACCCAAGUCGAGAUGAAGUCUGCACUCUUCUUCUCAAUGGAUCAUCUUUCAUUUGUAAAGGACUUUGAAAAUGAUACACCAGCAUGGGAAAUUGUGUAUACCAUUCCAUCGAGUACUGAAGCUGUUGCAAGUAACAAACUCAUUCCAGCUCAAAUUCACAAAGACUAUUUGAGCAGAGGUGGAGGAGUUUUUACUUUACAAGCUUGCUCUCCAAAGAACAAUUUCCAACGAGUGUUGAACGAUCUAUCUUUGGAAAAAACAUACAAGUGGAAAUAUCAAACCUUCGUUCCAUAUCCUCAUCAUGAAGUGUUUAACAUGUUUGAGCAAUGCAACUUCAAUACAUGUUUGAAAGGAUGCAAGAAACAAAACAAGAUGACCCGACAAUUAGGUACAGAACUAUUUGAUCCUCACUUUAGCGUCUCAGGCAGUGGAGGCAGAGAUUUCUAUUGCUACGAAGAAAAGAUUAAUCUCUCGAGUGGAAAUUCCUUAUUCAAAUUUGGAAGCUCUCAAAAGACUCUCAAUCUUCUUUGCAGUAAUUUCUAUGACACGGACAAGAAUGAAUAUAUAUUCUGUUUGAAAUCUCAAGGAUUUGACCAAAGCUCUGGUACCACCAACAUUGAAGUGGCCGAUAACGUCUGGGGUGUGAAAUGCAUUACCAUCACAAAAAUCACGAACAACUUGACACGAGUGAACGAGUGUGGUUUCAUGUACUUUGGUGAGAAUUCAACAAAGGAUUAUUUCCUUUCUCCUCUUUUCAACACCUCCAAUAAGGACAAGUCUUCAUUCUUCUAUAACGCAUUGGUAAUGGGUUCUGAGGAAAUGAUCAAGAGGGAACUUGAGAGAGCUUCUAGCUACUCCAACAGCAAACACAAACCGUCUGCUGCUCAAAAGAAAUCAUCCAACUCGAUUCGCCAUCAAUGUCUAACACAAAAUGAAACAGUGGUUGCCAAAAGAUUGUCAACGGCUGAAAAUGAUGUAUUGGAAUAA